CGAUUUGCCGGCGGCGAGUGUCGCAGCAGCCUCAGCAGGCCUUCGCUCUGGCCGCGGCAGGCAUGAGACACUCAAGCUGAGACGUUCCCCUAAGUUCUCAGUCUACUUUGACCACUUUCUUUCGACCUCCAGGCUGCAGAUCCAAGGAACUCGGGCUUCAUUCAGGAGAAGACGACCAGGACAACAAAGACGGCGCGAUUCCUCGCCGCCUCUCCCAACGCCGCUCAUCUACAGAGCGACCUGCGACAUCGUUGUGUGACAGGCUUCGACUUUUGCGACACGAUGCGCAUCGCCCGUUUCCCACUCCUCGCUGCUUCAGUCGCCCUUUUGGCACCCACGGCCUCUGCUGCUGAUGGACUGACUGGCCCCAAGACGCAUAUCACGGCCGACGGGCUCGAGAUUGUGACGGUAAAAGCAAAGACGUGCAAACGCCCCACGAGAUCCGGAGACGACGUUAGUGUACACUACCGCGGCACCUUGCUUUCAAAUGGCUACAAGUUUGAUGAGUCAUACAACCGUGGAGUGCCUUUCACUUUCAAGCUCGGCGCUGGGGAAGUCAUCAAAGGGUGGGAUGAGGGUCUACUGGACAUGUGCGUUGGCGAGCAACGGAAGUUGGUCAUUCCCCCAACACUGGCCUACGGCCACAGCAACCUCGGUGUCAUCCCUCCGGAUAGCACUUUGGUCUUCGAGACAGAGCUCAUAGAGAUAGCUGGCGUAUCGGCCGAGGCCGAGGAACCCAAACCCAGACCCGAAGAGUUUAUGCCGCCACCCCCCAUUCCGCAAGACGAUAUCCCUCCACCUCCGCCCGCUGCGAGUGGUGCAGAGAAAGGUCCCAAGGCUAUGAUGAAGGCAGAAGAUGGCGAAUGCAAGCUCCUAGGCCCAUUCGCCCUGAUUGUACAAGCUGCACUCGGUGCCCUUGCUCUUCUCUCCCUCGUCUUCAAGCGUUGGAGAGAGCGUCCAAGACGGCCCCUCAAGAUCUGGUUCUUCGACGUUUCCAAACAGGUCGCUGGUACUUUCUUGCUACAUCUCGCCAACCUGGCCAUGUCCAUGUUCUCGUCGGGUAAGUUCGAUAUGGCCAGCACCAAGCCUGAGGAUAUCUCAGCAAGUGUCUCUGCUGUCGUUGCCGACAAUGGCAAAAUGCCCAAUCCCUGUUCAUUCUACCUGUUGAAUCUGGCCAUCGACACUACCAUUGGCAUUCCUGUCCUUGUCAUUUUCCUACGCGUCCUGCACAGUCUUUUCUCAAAGACUCCCAUGGCGAACCCGCCCGAAUCCAUCAAGUCGGGCUACUACGGCAGUCCACCACGUGCUACUUGGUGGCUCAAACAAUCUUUCAUUUACUUCAUUGGACUCUUCGGCAUGAAGCUCUUCGUCUUCUUGCUCUUCGCGAUGCUCCCAUGGCUACCUUGGGUCGGUGACUGGGCACUGCGCUGGACCGAGGGCAACGAGGCCCUCCAGAUUGCUUUUGUCAUGUUCAUUUUUCCCGUGGCUAUGAACGGCAUUCAGUACUACAUCGUUGACAGUUUCAUCAAGGAUGCGGGAUCAGAUAGGGAUGGUUUCCAGGCCGUGCCUACGGAGGACGACGAAGAGCAGGGCAGAGACAGCGAUACUGAACAAGACGAAGACAGAUCUAAGAGACGGAACAGAGUCAGGACUACUGAGCACGCCGCUGAGGCCAAUUCGACAGCCGUGUCCCCUUAUGAUCACGACUCCGACGCUGAAGCCUCGAGCGGUGGAAGCUCAACUCUCAGAAAGUAACAAGCACAGCGACAACGUAGAUAGCACGAGUUCAUGAUUAAGACAAC